AUGGAACAGCCUCUGUACAACCUAGUAGCCAGGCAAAGGGUCGAACGCGAAUACCAAAGCCUCAUCCACAGCGAAGAGGGAUUGGGUCUUACCACUUACAGUCCCCUUGCGGAGGGCAUUUUGGCCGGUCGGUAUCUGGAUAAGGGGAAGGUCGCUAAGGGCAGUCGUGCAGAGUUUAAAAAGUUCUUGCUGGAAAAAGAAAGCGAACUUGAAUUGGCGAGACAGUACUACUUGCUUCUACUGUUCGUUUUAUAGGCUUGUCGCGCCUGCUGCUAGUACUGCUUCUUGACCAAGACCAUCUAAGUACCUAGAUCUAAUUAUACAAUUGACACCUUGAUGAGGUACGAUGCCGUUAACGUAAACCUCCUCCUCCAACUUGUCCUCGUGCCUCCCUCACGAUUCUUCUGCCUUCUUCAUCACCUCCUUUACAACGUCAAAGGUUGAAACCUCUCGCAAUGCGUCUUGGAGUUUCUUUAGCGCAGUUAGCGCUCGCGUGGACACUGAGGAAUCAAGAUGUUUCGUCCGUCAUCAUGGGUGCCAGUCGCGCGGAGCAAGUCAUUGACAACGUCAAGGCUGUAGCACUAGUAGCGCCUGGAGGACUACUAACUGAUGAGGUGCUCGCUCAAAUGGAGAAGCUCGCUGCGUCCUUUGCUCCGACAGAAGACAGGAUCAAGAAGCCAAUAAUUAAGGGUUGCCACAUGAUUGCAUUCUUGUUCUUCACUACCAUCCUUGACUUUUUUUUUCAGUAGGAAAAGGGUCAGGGAUGAUCUGAAGAAUGCAAUGUCGCAACCUCUAAGAUAAGUGAAAACCUAGCCAAACAUCGUGGACCAUAUCAUGGCGGGAAGAGGAGGGUGGAGCUGUGAAGAGGACGCCUGGCAGUGAUUUCUCAGAUGGAAAAAGACAAUAAAAAAUGUUGUCUCUUCUAGAUGAAGAAUAUCUUCGCACUCCUCGCAUGGCGUCGACAAAGAAAGAGACUACUUUUUAAGCUGUCAUGGACAUAAUGCCUUCUUCAUGCUAUUCUUGAUGUUUUUAGAUAAUUCGCGCUAACAAUGUCUAUGUCUUUGGAUUCAUGAUCUUGAUCUGUUUUUACUUCU